UUUGACAGAGCAAGUGGUAUUAAUAAUAAAAAAAAUUGAAUAUAGAAAAGAAACAAUAUUUAAAAAACGAAUAUCUAGCAAUUUAGCAAAAAUUAAAUAUAAAUAUUUAUACUUAUAUAUACACGUUUGAAACGUAACGAAAUCAGUGCACAAAAAAACUAAUAAUCUGAUAAAAUAAAAAACGAAAAUUCGCAACCGUUCUACUAACUUAAAUGCCACAAGAAAAAAUUUUAUAAUUUUGAAAAAAUAAGAAAAAAAGUAAAAAAGAAUAAUAGAUUUUCUUCCAUAUAAGGAUUUGGGCAAAAGAAAAAAUUGUAUACAUUGUUGGUGGAUCAAGAAAGAAAAACAUGUUUUCUUUUUUGGUUUGAACAUGUAAAAACGAAGUAAAUAAACAAAACGUACAAUUUAAUUGAUGGACAUUUUUCCUGCUCUUUUCUUUAUUUUUUCAACAUGGAAUUUUUGUUUUUCGCAUACAUACGUUCUUUAUAAGUAGAAAAGGUGGCGAGGCUGGCUGACUAGCUGCUGCUGGUGAAUGAAAAAUAGAAUAAAAGAAAAUUAUGAAAAAAAAGUGAAAAUUGUGAAAAUAGAGUGUGCGCCCUGAGAGAACGUGUAACAGUACUAAAAUACCAAAAAUGAGAGCAGACAUUCAUAGUUUUUUCGAAAACUCAACGAAAUAACAAACAAUUCAAAUUAAAGAAAAAAAUUAUUUAUUAAAAAUUCCAAAAACAUAAAUUCUUUGAAAAUAAACACUUGUUAGCACCUAUCAACUAAUACUAGAUUCCACUGUUAAGCAAGAAAAACACACUUUCUCUCUAAACAUUUUCUUUCGAUUAAAAUGAGAGAGCGCCAAAUAUAAAAAAGAAAACACCAAAAUAGUAGUGUAAUAUGAAAAAUGUUGCGUGAGAGCAAGAGAUGAAUGAGAUGAUGAAGGAAAAUGUAUACAGAGUGUGGCCCUAAUAUAUAGUAUUCAAUGCUAAAGUGGAUGAAACAAUAGAGUGUCAAGUAAAAAACAUUGCUUAUUAACUGCCAGUCGUUAUUUUUCUUUCUCCCGUGUUGGCAGACCAUAAAAAAAUAAAAAUACGAACAGGAAAAUACACCGAAAAGCAAAAAAAAAAAAACAUCUUAAAUAAAAUAAUAAAUUUAAAAACAUUAGAAAUUUAAAAAAAAAAAUUUCUACACAAAAAAGCACAAGCAAGCAAACAAAUAACAAACAAAAACAAAAGAGUGUGUGCGUGCGUGAGUGAGUGAGUGAGUGAGUGAGUGAGUGAACGAGUGAAAAAGUGAAUGAUUAGAUGAUUAUAAAAGCUAAAAACGUAAGACAAAAGAAAAAUAUAUUGAGCUGGCCAUCAAGCAUCAAACAAAACGUAAAAUCUAUAAAAAAUUUACCAAAUUCCUACGUUUACGCCAUGAAAGAAUAAAAUUUUCUUCCUCUAAAAACCCACCUCUUCUUCUACUACCACCACCAACACCACAGCCGUCCAAAACAUUUAGUAAAAUGCCAAAUCCCAAAGAAAAAUCUUCAGCAUCCUCGUCGAAAGAUGCAAAACACAGGUCGAGGUCAUCUGCUCGCUAUGCUGACGUCGAAGCUAAGCAGCGCAAGAGAGCCUUGCUGUCUAUACCCAAUACCAUCAAAUUGAGUAUGCUCAAUUCUGGUCUGCUGUCGUUUGAGAAAAUCAAAUUGGAGGCGCGUGAUGAAAACAAUUCCCUCUCCAAGACCAUACCCAACAAUCCCAUCGAUAUAAGGCAUUUUCUUAAACUAUGCGAAUUGAGACGUAAAUUUCCCGUACUCUAUAAAUUGGAAUUUCAGACAGCAGCCAAAGUGGAGACAAACACCUGUCGCCAUGCUCUCAGAAAAAACAAUCACGAUAAGAAUCAAAAUCCCAAGUGCAUUCCCUACGAUUACAAUCGCGUUGUCUUGCAAAAAAUACCAGGCGUACCCGAUUCCGAUUAUAUUAACGCUUCCUAUGUCGAUAGUCUUUUGAAACCCAAUGCCUAUAUUGUAACCCAGGGACCAGUCGAGGAGACAGUGAAUGCAUUUUGGCGCUUAGCAUGGCAGGAGAAUAUAAGCGCCAUCAUUAUGCUGACAAAGACAUUUGAUUUUGCCAAAGUCAUGUGUGUUCAAUAUUGGCCGCCCAAUAAGGAAGUACACGAAACCUAUGGUGAUAUUAACAUAAAUAUUGUUAAAGAAGAACAACUGGCCAAUUUCCAUAUAAGAACUUUCCGUCUUUACAAGGUAAAGGAGGGAACCAAUGAAGUAACCGAUGAAAGAUUUGUUUUGCAAUUUCACUACACCGAAUGGUAUUCCCACUCGUGUCCCUUCUCCAAUGCCGUUUUGGAGUUUCGCAGACGAGUUCGUUUGGUUGUGGGCAGCAUAAUAAAAGAUGAUGAUACCAAAGGUCCAAUGUUGGUGCACUGUAGUGAUGGUGGUGGUCGUUCGGGGGUGUAUCUAUCAAUUGAUGCCAAUCUGGAACUGGCCGAAGAGGAAGAAUGUUUUAAUGUAUUUGGUUAUUUGAAAAAACUGCGACAAUCGCGCAAAGGUCUGGUGGAAAAUGUGGAACAAUAUAAAUUUGUCUAUGAUACUUUGGAGGAGAAUAUUGUGUGCGGCAAAACUUGGUUUCCGGUAUCCGAACUAUCAGAUCGUUUAAAGGCCAAAGCGCGUCGUAACUCGUUGACUAAAAUGAAUGAUUAUCAAAUGGAAUAUGAAAAGAUUUGCAAACAAACUCCCCGCUUUACUAUAGGUGAUUGUGCUGGUGGUCAUCGUGCCGAUAAUAGAGAGAAAAAUCGUGAUGUUUUGUGUGUGCCACCCGAUAAUUUCCGUCCCUAUCUUACCUCCUUUCAAGGCAAUGCUUUUACCGACUACAUAAACUCGGUAUUUGUGGAUGGCUAUACUAAACCCCGUGAAUAUAUUGUAACCGAAUGGCCCAUGAAACAUACGCUGGGUGAAUUCUGGUCUUUAGUCUACGAUCAAGAAUGUUCUGCCGUAGUCGUACUCUGUCAGCCACCAGCCAACUCUCAAAGUUAUCCCUCAUUUUGGCCGCAUAAAUCUAAAAUGGAAAAAUAUGGUCCUGUCUUUUCGGUGCACUAUUCAUCGGCCAAAAGCUAUACCAACAUUAAGCAAUGGGAAUUUAAAAUAAAUAAGAAAAUUGUCUCACUAACCGAAAUGAUGGCAGGCGUCAAGGCUCCCACACGUACCGUACAACUUUUCCAGUUAACCUGUUGGCCCAUGGGUCACAAGGUACCCUCUUCCACUAACUCUUUGGUCUAUCUAAUGAAUAUGGUUGAAAUGUGGCGUGCUAAAACCGAUUAUGGUCCCGUAUGUGUUGUCUCUCCAGAUGGUCGCAGUCGUGCCGGUGUUUAUUGUGCUGCCAAUGCUUGUAUUGAACAGGUAAUACAACAUGGUGAGGUGGAUGUUUUUCAAGCUGUCAAAACGGUGAGACGUCAUCGUCCACAAUUAGUUGAGAAUAUGACCGAAUAUAAAUAUUGUUAUGAUUUAGUUUUGCAUUAUGUUUUACAUUUCUUGAACAAAAAUGAUUAAGCUAUGUUUGUAUGUGGUAAAUGUUGUUGUAAAUGGAAGGUAUUAGAGGAUUUCAAAAGGUGUGAUAAUGAGAGAGGAAAUGUUAAUGAUGAUUUAUUAUAGAAGACUUGUCAUAUUCAUUAGUUUAAAGUUAUAUUUAAAGCAUUUCCCUGAGAGUUUAACAAAGUUGAGAUAUAAUAAUGUCAUGAAGUUUUCCAUAAUGUGGAUGAAAUAUUUCACUUAUCUGCAUACUGUUAACACGACAUUGUUUCCAUAGAAAUUCUUUUCAAAAUCUGAAGUAAUCGGAUAGAAUGUUAUUUCGGAAAAGUAGAAUUUUAAACAAAAAUCCCUAAACAACCUAAAUUAUAUAAAACUGCAACAUGUUUCUUUACUAAAACAACGAUCAACAUGUUGCUAAAGACAGAAACUUAUUGCUGAAAGAAUAAAUUUUAAAUAAAUAUAUUGGUAAACAAAUUUCGCUAAUAAAAUGGAAAAUUUUCAGUAAAACUUAUAUAUGCAAUAUAUAGAAAAAGACAUGUUGCUGAAACAUCUUUAACGAGAUAUGGUUUCUAAUGAACUAGUUUUGCAUUAUUUUACUAGAUGUGCUUUAAACAGUUUGAAUCAUAAUCUAUAAAUUUAAAUCAUAGAAAAUAUAAUAUCGCUAGCAACAUUAAAAGAAUUUCGCUAAUCACAUGAAAAUUUUCAGUAAAACUUGUAUGCAAAUGCAUGUAUUUGCGAGCUAUACAUGUUGCUGAAAUGUUUCACUAUUUCUAGCGACAAUUUUGAUUUAAAAUAGCAAUAUUUACAAAAACACAUGUUGCUGAAACAUUUAAUCCACUUUAGAAUUUAGAAAAUUUUUAGACUGUUUAUAACAGCUUUGAAUAUUUAAAAAUAAAACAUUUAAUUUAUCUGAAUGUUGUUAACAGAACAUUGUUUCUAACGAAAUUGAUUUUCAAAUUGGAAUAGAAACAUGUUGCUGGAACAAUAAUUCUUCUAGAACCAGCUCUAUCUGGAAACAGCUAUACUCUCAAUAGUGAUGGGGAAAUCUAAAGAAAUAAAUUUUCAACAUGUUGAUAAAGAAGCUUUAAUUACAACUAAAAGAAUAAACAGCUGUAUUUAGGGCUUUCAACAUGUUGCUAGUAACAUACACUGUUUAAAGCUUUCUUCUUCUUCUUCUCAAACACUGUUUAAAGUUUUCUUCUUUUCAUCCAAAAUAUUUCUGGAUUAAUUUUAAACUUAAUUUUUAAGCUUGGUGAAUAUAAGAAGAAUACAAACAAUAUGUUGCUGGCAACAUUCGUUAGUGUUGCUAGAAUAAUUCUAUAAUAUUAACAAGUUUCAUUUAGUACAAAAUACACUAUUCAACAUCUCUCUAUAAAUGUUAUGCAAAAUUGUUAUAAAAAAUAUUUCUGAAAUGUAUUUGGCAACAUUCCAGCAACAUUUUAAACUUACAUUUAAAAUACUAUAGGCAAAUAGCUGGUGAUCAACCUUAACUAAUUGUUGAGGAUGUCAAAACUAUAAAAUUUCACUCUAAACUUAUUCUCAAAUAAAAUGUUGUGUCUGUUGUUUCAGAAACUUUAUACAAGAUUCUAAGGGUCUACAAAAAUUAUAUUCAUUUGUAAAGUACUUGAGAAAUUAAAUAAAUUUGUAGAAAUAUUUCGCUUAUAAACGUAACUAAACAAAGUUUAUUAACAUUCUAGAUAGUAUUGAGUAUAAUUUAUUAAAUAAUCUCAAAAUGUUACGGUUAAUGAGAACAAACUCUAAACAUGUUGCUAAAGACUUACCCCCAUUUUAAAAAGAGCUUAGUAAACCAUAAAUAAGCAAUUAAUAUGAAUACGAGGAUUAGGUUAUUAGCAAUAAUCAACUAUCAGCCAACUCUAUACGAAUAACUGUUUUAUAAAUCUUUGUUGCUUUGUUUUCUAAACAUGUUGCUGAAAAAACAAACUUUCAAAUUAAAUGAAUAUUAACAAUAAAUUAAGCAAAUUUCCAUUCUUUACUAUAAAACAAAAACACACACACACCUUUCGAAAUCCCCUAAUACAUAUAAGCACAAAUUAAUUUAAUUUUGCUCUUAACUCUCAUCCUAGAAGCAAUAUAUUUGAAGUAUUUAAACUAAAUCUUAAUAACUAAAAAACGAAACUUAACAUACUAAAUGUAGUAGUUUAAUUGAAUUGAAUGUAUAAUGUAUAUUUUAACUUAACCCACUUUAAGUAAAUUAUUUGCCAAAACCCUAUAAAAAAAAAUUAAAAAUAAUAUAAUAAAAUGUACUGAAUUUAUUUUUUUGAACGAAUACAAAUAUAAAAUAUUUUAAUACCAAAUCCUUUUAGACGAUUAAAAACGAAAACAAAAAAUUAUUUAUAUAUAUAUUGAUGUUAUAUGUACUGAUUUUGUCCUACAAAAUGUAAAAAAACAAAAAAAUUAUAUGCCUUAAAAAAUGUAAGCCUCAAUUUGUUAACAAUAAAUAUUUAAAAAUAUAAAAACCCCUAAAUUAAGUUAAAAUAAUGAGAUGUUAAUAUUUUUAGUUAUUUAUAGUAAAAUAUAUUUUUGUUUAUUUUAACUGUCAUCUUUACUUUAAGAAAAGAUUUCAUAAACAUUUUAGUUAAAAUUAUUUUUUUUUAAUGUUUUUAUUUAAUUUGUUAUAUUUUUAACAACAUGCUUAAUACUCUGUUACAAUUUUAUUUACCAAUUGCAAAAACAACUCAAAACUUUUGAACAUUUUCAUCAAAAUUGCAGUAACAUUUAAAGACAAACGAUCAAAUAAACAGACGUGGAUUUAAGGAGUUGUAUCUGCCUUUAAAAAUUUUGAACCAUAUUGUAAAGUGUUCUUAACUAUACGAACAAAAUGAUAUUAGUUUAUAGUACUCUUAGAAAUAUUUUCAACAAAAACUGCCCCUGUUGCCCCAUUGUCAACUUCCAAAAGAAUUAGUUUCAAUAUUAAAUAAAAAGAGUAUUUAUUAUUUAUAAUUUCCUUAGAUUACUUAAUCAACCUAAAUCAACAAAAAACGAAAUUAGAAAAUGUGGCAACAUGUUGCUAAUAAAAAUAAAAAUGUUGUUUAAACAUCUUACUUCCUAAAGAAAGCUAUUGUUAAAAAAUAAAAUUUUUUUCAUUUAAAACAAAAUUUGUUUAAGUUUUAAUUAUUUUCAAACCAGCAUAGGAAACCUAGUUAAACUAGUAUCAGCAACAUGUUGCAAAUAUAUUUCUGUUACCAAACAUCUUAAAUUUUUUUUUAUUUAUUUCAAAGUUGAAACUUUCGAUAUUUAUAUUUUACUUAAUGAUUUUUAACCAGCAAAAUGAAAUGUAGUAGAAAAUUCAGCAACAUGUUGUUAAUACUUAGAUACUCCAGUUAAAUGUUCUUUAAUUAUAGCUUCUUUAUUUGCUAAAAUGAAUUUAUUUUAAAUGAUUAUUCAACCACUUUUUUUCACAUAGCGACAUGUCACUAUCAAUUUGUGAGACCCAAUGAUUCACUAAAUAAUGAUUUAAUGUUUAUCUUAUAUUAUUUUUUUAGGAAAUCAAUAUUUUUUAUUCAGCAACAUGUUGCUAAUAAGUUUUGAGUCGUAACAUUUCACUAAAAAUGUUUAUACUUAUAUACUUCAUAAAUGUUUAUUUUAAUUCAAUAGAAACCAACUUGAAAUUCAUUAAAGUUAUUUUUUUGUACAGCAACAUGUUGCUAUUUUCUAAAAAUGUUUAUAUCUGCAAAAUAAAACAAAAGCAAUAUAUUAAUAAUUUAUUUUGAGUCACACUGUUUCAUUAGAAAAAGUUUGUCCAUAUUAAAUUUCUCAAAAAGAAACCUUAAUUUAUUUUUAACAUUUAGCAACAUGUUGCUAUUAAGUUUUGGGUCAUAACGUUUCACCAACAAAGUUUAUAUUCAACAUUUUUUUUAAUAUUUAAUUUAAAUGUAUUUGCUCCGACAAAUCGAAACCAAAUCCCAGAUUAUGAAAUGCCUUUUUUAUGUAUCCAGCAGGAUUGGGGGGGGUAAUCACUACAUUUUCAAUUACAAUUACAUUUGAAGUAAUUGUAAUUGA